AGCUGCGAAUUUUUCGUAGGAUGCCGCAAAUCCACUUAGCUUAGGUUUAGUAAUAUCGGUAUCUUGUUCUUUCAUACUUGUUAAUUCGUCGUUUGAAUUUUUACUUGUACUACAAUUUCGCACAAGUAUCGAACUUGCACGAAGUUUCUGAAUAAAGUGUAACUGUCUUAUUAUUUUUCUGUAACACUGUAUCUUGUCCAUGAUUCUACACGUUGUGUACAUAUAGAAUAGGUUAUGUUCAAUCAGUAGGUCUUCUUAAAAGCCAGUUUCUUUGAAACUUUCAGUUAAGACAUUGGGAAAAAAUAUCUUCCGCGGUUUCAAGGUAAUUUCGAAUAUUGAAGAUUUCUGAAUAUCUAAGAAAAAUUCUUGAUUUUUGUUUAAUGAACUGUAUAUUGGUUGUUAUCUGCAAUUUAUAAAAUUACGCAAUGGUUAUUAGCGGACUGUUGGUUAAACCGUUGUCCAGAAAUAUUUGUACAUCAACAGUUUCUAAUCAAAUAAUAAAAUUAACAAGAUUAAGAGUCGUGGAUAAUAGUGCAAUAGGAAAACAAGCUAUGUUGGAAGGAAAACCGCCACGUUGUAUCCACGUAUAUAAUAAAGUAGGAGUUGGAUAUAUCGGAGAUAAAGUGUUGGUUGCGAUACGAGGUGAGAAGAAAAAAGGUAUACUGGUUGGAUUAAAACAGCGUCAAAAUCCAAAGGUUCCAAAAUUUGACAGCAAUAAUAUAGUACUGAUAGAUGAUAAUGGAACACCUUUAGGUACUAGAAUUCAUGUUCCAAUUCCGCACAUUUUGCGAACAAUUUUAAAAGAGAAGACUUACAGUAAAGGAGCAGAUUAUACAAAAUUAUUAGCUAUUGCAACAAAAUUUAUUUAAUUAAUUUGUACAUGUAGAAGAAGCAAUUUUUAUGUUAUUUAACCAUUAAAAGAUUUCCUGAUGUA